AUGGAAGAAACGACACAUGACCUCCAUACAAAGUACGAACCUCAUCCAGACGCCCAGCAACUGACUGGUCAUGAUGGUCGUGGUGUUGAUUAUGAACCUCAUCCUAAACACUCGUUACAAAUAUCUGCAGAGCAUGAAACCAUCAUCAAGUCAAUCACCAGCCUCUAUUCUGGCAGCUGCAGCGAGAAAGACCUGUCCGUGUACUCAGAGAAGGCCAUAUACGAUGAUCCACUUUCAUAUUGCGACACCCGAUAUAAGAUUGCUGGUCAGUGGUAUGGGCUCCCUGAGGUCUUCAGCAAGCUAGAAACCAAGAAGAUCGAAGUGGUCAAGGACACACCAACGGACAUCGUGUUCAAACUCAGACAGGAGUACACUCCCAAGGUGCUCAACACUCCCAAGGAAGUGGACUCUCUGGUCUCAUUGUCACUCGACGAUUCCGGAAAAGUGCGGUAUCACAAGGAUAUGUGGAACUCCAAGGACUACAGCCAUGCGGGAAUUGGCAAGUUGAUCAAGAAUCUAAAUGGUGAUCAUCUCCCAAAGAUCACCCAGCCGCCAGCUUCCUUGUAG